AUGGCGGAAAAGGCAGGCCGCAGCUGCAGCACAGAGAAAAGAUUUCAAGGAAAGACAACUAAGCAAUGUAAUGGUUGUGGAACAGAAAAUGGAAAUGCUUCAAAGAAGUGUAAAAGUUGUCCGAAGGAAUUCAUUUCGAAACGUGUAAAUUCCAUGGAAAGAAUUAGGAAAAUGUGUGUGACAAAUCCUUCUCGCCAAAGGGAACUAAUGAUGUACAGAGCUUCUGUCUUAAAUGAACAUCAUGACCAACACAUUAUUGUUUUGUCGUUCUCAAGACAUGCAAAAGGCUAUACCACUCACUUACACGGCACUCCUGGACCAGCUGCCAAGUUUCUUACUGAGACAGAGUAUGGAAAAAUAACAGAAAAGCUUUUUGACAAUUUCAUGCGACGUAAGUUUAUAAAAUUGGAUGAACUCCAUCUAAGGGCGAAAGCGAACCUGACAACAACUGUGAAAUCCCUACAACACCAACAAAACCCGAACAAUCCCAACGAAAACCCACACAAGGCAAACGUACACCAUAACGACAACAGCCAAAACUCCAAAAACGCUAGCAAAAACCCUGUUUACAACGGCAAAGAAAACCCAAACAGCGUCGUCAAAAACGCUUGCAACAUCAAUGAAAAGCCGAACAACGUCAACGAAAUUUUUAACCAAACGAAGAAAAACGCUAAUGAUACAAACGAAAACACAAUUAUUACAAUCGGAUGCACUGAUGUUAAUGACAUUGCUGAGACUAUCGAGAGUAAUGGUAACAAUACUAACGAAGAACAACAGUAUUUUCGAAAGUUUUGUAGCUACGACGAACCUGAUGAAGAUGAAGAACCAGUUUCGAAGAGCCCGAAAAUUUUAACGUCCACUCAAAGUAUUUAUCAGAAGAAAGUUAAAAUAGGCGAAGGCUCAAAGUUAGUGGUUUUUAAUGAAGACAAGAUACCUCAAGCUUUAUGCACAUUAUUUUCUAUGAAAACUUUGCACAACCGCCCUGUACCAAAAAGUCAUGUUGGCAUAGUCAUUGAUUACGUCAUGCCAAACUGUAAACUCAAGCCAGUUUGUCCAACAGAGUUUGAUGGAGAUUUUGUCGAAAAAGGGGCGUUUUACAUAUGGCCGCUUGAAUUGUUGUUGGCAUUGAAUAAUAACUUCCCGAAAUAAAUUGAUAGUUAGUGUAUGUAAAAUAAUGUAAAUAUAUCUUCCAGAUAGUUUUUUUUUAUAUUGAUUGCCAUGCAAUUGAAUUUUGGUAAUGGAUUAAUUUUAUUUUCCCUUGAUUGUUUUUAGUCAUAUACGUUUUGAUUUUAGUCUUA